AGGCACAAGCAGGGCCCUUGAGAUGAAGAGACGUGGAGCUCGUAGUGUAGCUACCCCCAUUUGACCUGUGGCCUUUCAUACCAAACACACUACACUGUAUUGAUUUCUCUUCAUUUCAUCGCUUGACAUUCCAUCCACUUCGUACAAUAACUAAUUCCGCGACGUAAUUGUCAUCUUUAACUUUAGUUGUUCUUGGUAUCGACGCAAGAUCACGGAGGCAAAAUGCUCGCGAAACGCGGUGUUGUGCUGUCGCUCGCCGCGCUCGCCAACGCGGAACAAGCAGUAGAGGAGCAAAAAUACACCGCAACCGCAGCGGUUGAAGAAGUCAAGGUACAGACUUUCGAUGUUUUCACUUGCAAAUAAUGCAAUGAAUCACAGGCUGUGUGUCUGUUUCUAAGUACAACUCUUCUGUUCCGAUUUGGUUUCGUUUUGCUGAUGAUUUUAAAGAAAUUAUGAUGUUCGUGUUGAUCGUUUGAUGAUGGCCUACUUGAAACCUAAACGCGUUAAUCCAAAAAAACCCAAUCAGGCGGCGGAGCAACAAGUUGCACAGGCAAAGGAACUGGCCGCGACGGAAGCGACGGAAGCAAAGCAGGCCGCAGCAAAGACCGCAGAGAGCGCUUUGGAAACAGCGAAAGAUAACGUUGCCGGCGCCGAAGAGACAAUAAAGCAGGCCCUGCGCUUGAACGAGAUCCCGUCCGCAGAUGCAGAGCAGACUUUAGACGAGGAACAGCCGCAAUCCGGUGGCGGAAUCCUGAGAUGGUACUUACAGAAAAGCAGCAUAAUUGAUAAAUUGAUCGACCACGAGCUCUGCUUCCAGGUCUGCAUUUACGUUAGUGCCAUUUUUGAUUUCUCUGUUAUUUUGGAACUGGAAUGAGCCGCCCGCGGCUUAUUUGAGCAAAAAAUUAUCAACAGGGGCUGGUGGUUGGUCAUUGCCUACAUGUUCUACGCCCAAGCGACAAUUUGCGACGAGUAUUUCGUGCAGAGUAUCAAAGUGGUAGUCGAGACUUUCGGUAUCCCGGAGGACGUUGCCGGAGCGACUUUGAUGGCACUGGGCUGCAACGGACCGGAGUUGUUUACAAAUUUCAUCGCCAUCUUCAUCACCCACAACGACGUCGGCGUCGGUAAGUGUAGUCCUGAGCCAUUAUGUUUUUACUCUACUACUUUUUCCGUGCGGAUUUAUGCACAAGUUCAACUUGGUCCAUUCUCCUUUUCCAUUCUAAUGAUCUACUAGCCAGUCAACCGGAGUUGCGUCAAAAGCAAAACGCUAGCGUCUGUCGCACAUAAUUAUCCUGUGUUCAGUGCGCCAAUGAUCGAUAUCCUCACCAAAACACAGGUACUAUCGUCGGCUCCGAGAUUUUUAACUUGCUCUGCAUUGUUGGUGGUUCCAUUGUCGCGUGUCCGGUGCUCCCCCUGGAAAUCGAGAAGGCGCCCUUUGUCCGCGACUGCGCCUUCUACGCUCUGUCCAUCGUCCUUCUCGCGUGGGCGCUGCAGGACAGCGUGAUCGUGCUUCACGAGGCGGUAACGCUGCUCGUCAUGUGCGCCGUGUACGCCAUCUGCGUGACCUAUGGAAGCGUCAGGUUUGAAAUCGUCACAGUUGAAAUACUUUGUAAUGCAUAAAAUGCAUGACCCGAGGCACGUGUGUUGCAGAGCAGGCAAAUGAGGCCGAUUGUCAGCCUGUUUGGGGUUACAGCUCGAUUUGCUAAAGUAGCAUGAGAAAAUCGCUCUUCUCUGCCUAAACAGCAUGACAAACUGGAUUUAGGGACCACCGAAAUUUGUCAUGCGCUACUUGGAAACUGGGUUCCAACUGGCAUCCAUUUUAUGCAUGACAAAUUAUUUCAACUUUGUCGAUUUCAACUCUGACACAUCCAUAUGACCUUGACCAAACCAUUCAUGGACAAAUUUUUCCCAAAAGCGCCACGAAGUCCGGCCGGCCGGAAAUCCCUGCGCGCCACCGUCGGACCGGAAGCGGUAACGAAGGAGCAGCUCAGAAUGUCUUUGGCUCCGGAUGAGGCGGAAAUUAAGGUAUACAUGACACCGUGAUUUACGUUUGAUAUCUACUGCAGAUGAAGAAGAUCAUGUGUUUUCAUUUGAGUCUAGUGGAGGACCAGCUAAGUGGUUUUCUUUUGCAUGGGAUAGACACUACUAGACUUUCAUGAAAGUAGUACAAGGCGGUCGCAAUUGAUGAUUCACAAUCCACUUUUUCACGUCAUACAUCAUCUCAUCUCCUCAGAUCAUCCAACCCAACCGGCUGGAGCACAACCUCGACGCAAGGGAGGCGGUCAGCUUCAACGUACUGCCAGAGGGGUUAGAGGUUAUCGGGGACAUGGAGGCCCACCCUGCCUUCCAGGCCCCGCUGUUGUCCAAGACGGAGACCAAGAAGAUCAUCCGCUUUGAGGACGUCGUGAUGCUCGAGGAGACGAAGGAGAAAGACCUACCGAUCUGCCUGCAUUGCGACGACGAGGUGCUGGACUUCAUGGAGGUCCAGAUCUACUUCAAAGACCCGGCCUACCAGCGCAAAGUGCUCGACGCAAUAAAGAAGAACGUACGUAGAAUGUUUGGAAUCGUUAAAGUAUGAAUGCUUUUACGACCUUUUGUCAUUUGUAGUUCUUAAGAAAGUUUUUUAAAGUUGGCGUUCUUGGGGGUUGGCAAACAGCAAGGGACACCCUCCUGCUUUCCAUGGAAAAAAGAAAUACAUCGCAAACUCCAGAUGCCAGCCAAGGGGAAGGUGGUGUUCCAGAGUGAGAUAAAACCGGGUGAGAUAUCAAAUGUAAAAGUGUCUGGGUCUGGAAGAAUGCAACUCGUCAUGCUGAUUUUGGACUCUAAGAAAAUUUGUAUUGCAUGACCAGAAAGAGGGGUCCGGUUUGUGCUACACGGACAGGGCAUUUCUCAUGCGAAAGGUGCAUCAGGAAGCCCUCUAAAAGUCUGUGAUGCUAGGUCAUGCAUUACAGGCAUCAUGGAUCAUGAGAAAUAUGCAUGACCAACCUGGCAAUCUUCCAGACCCAGACAUUUUUACACUUGAUAUGAGAUCGCGAUGACCGAGAUGAAGAACGCGGACACGAUUACCAAAAAGAUUUUGCACGCUAUCUGCCUGCCACUGGAGCUCUGCCUCGAGUACACGAUGGGCUGGUGUGACGUGAAGGUGCCCGUGCACGAGCACAAGUGGGCGGAGUGCUUCUGCAUGAGCAUGGUCUGGCUGGCGAUUUUCUCCUACCUGAUGUGCUCCGUCGCCGACAUCAUCCACCAGGAGUUCGGCAUCUCCACGGCGCUGCUCGGCAUCACUCUCUGCGCGGUCGGAACCUCGUUCCCGAAUUUCUACGCCUCCUUGAUCAUGGCCGGAGAGAACCGGUCCGCCAUGGCCAUUGCAAACGCAUUAGGGUACUUAGAAUCGAUUUUGAUGAAUUUCUCGUGCUUGUUCGCUGAAAAAGAAUUCUUAACUUGAGUCUCGCCGCUAGAGCUACGAUGCUCGAAGGCGCAUGCCGUUGCUAAAGUUCUUGCAUCCUACGCUCCUGCAGGGUAACGAAACUGAAAUCAAAUGCUCUAUCAAAUUCAUGCUAAUAUCAGGUCCAACAUCCAGAACGUGUUCCUGGCGCUGGCCGUUCCAUGGACCCUGAAGUGCUUAGUUUCCGAAACGUACGACGUCUCUGCGAACGGCAUCGGGGUGGGCGUCGCAUGGAUGGGAUUCACGUUGGUCGUUCUCGUCGGCAUGGUGGGGUACUACUCCUUCAAAAUGGAAAAGUGGAUGGGCUGGGUGCUCGUGGUUUUGUAUUUCGUCUACCUCGUGCAGACGAUCUUUUUCUAAAACUAUUCAUUCGAUAGUUCCAACAUAAUUUUUGUACUCUGUGAAGAUGAAAUGAAAGUAAAUAUUUUCACGGUAUGAUAUGACCCUCAGUAUCACUUUUUCAUGGCAAGAAGAACAUACUUACUGCUCGCCGCCCAUUGCUAUUCCUACGUAACAAACAGAGAAAAGUUAACCGCGGUGAAAGAAAAAGUCUCAGAAGCCUACAGUAGGAUCAUAACUCCGCAGCCACUAAAAUGUACAAUGUGGGAUCUCCCUACACACACGCAUGCACGUACGUACUCUAGUGCAACUACAUCUACAAAUGUACAAAAUACGUAUGCUACUACUUGAAGCGAUGUACCUGGACUGGUGGUUAUGGCUACUGAAUUUUGUCUAAAACGACGAAGCAUGUUGAGCAUUUGCGUAGGGAGCGCAAAUAGACUCAACAUGCGAAAGACGUGAAAAUCGAACCCAAGCGAUAAACUUUCGCAACUGCGCAAAGCAUGAUAUGCCACGAC